ACACAGCAGUUGGGUUUUUUGUUCCAGCUGCAGGAUUUUUGCAGGAAAGGGAAGCAGUGCGACAGCGAGGGAUCUUUCGCCAUUACUGGAUGAUUUUCCCCCCUGGUUAAUCACAUUGGAAGGAGUACAUAACCGCGAAGAGUGGUUCUUUACUGAGUGUGUUUUCCUUGACUCUUGGAGAAUACCCAGACAGCCAUGGCAGUGACUUUGGGCCUUGUAGCCUUAGUUGUUGGGUCACUUGUGGGCAACACUGUUUCACAAAGUUACAAGAUCGGUGCCAUGUACGGCAUGCAUACACGUGUGGACAAUCUUUACAAAAGACUUUUCACGGAUGCUGUGACAUACAUUAAUCGUGAUGAGAACCUGAUGAACAUAGACGGUACCGAAUCCCUAGCCGUCUUCAAUGAACCACUCAUUACUUGGACAUAUUCCAACCCGCCACAAGCACUACGUGGAGCCUGUACGUUUGCCGGCUCGGUUGAUAUCAACGGCUUGAUCGUUCCCUCGGAUGUUUGUCCAGACUGUGGCGGCCAUACAGGGCGGAUUAUCGGUAAUGCCUUUGCUCCAGUUAUUGCUCUAGACCAGGCUGAGGGCUCCAAAGCAUACAAGAUGCUACCUACCGACACCGAGUUGGUGGAGUUAUGGAUUAGUGUCAUCAAUCACUACAAAUGGCAAGACUUCAUCUUCAUCUACGAUGGCGAUUCUUCAUAUUCGCUGGCCUGGGUUCUUCUUGAGAUGGAGAGAGAAAACAGUUGGCAUGUGAUCCCGUACGAGAUUUAUGACGAGGAGGACUACGGCAAGAUGGCCAAAGAUUUGAAGCAACGAAGAACGCAGAACUACCUUUUGUACAUGCACGAGGAAGAGCGCCUUCCAGGCCUCCGUGACAGUAUGUUGGAUAAUGGCUUGUUUGGCGAUAAAUACCACUGGAUAUUCGGAAACUUGGAGCCGCCAAUUACCCGUCGGUACUUGGACGACAAGCUUCGUAUCCACACUUCAUUCCUGACCCGCUUCAAGAUGAGAGUCCAGGAUGGUUUUGACCAAAACGUUCUGACUAAGAACCCAAUUCCGCCUCGUAACUGGCCCUUCAGAGAGCGUACCGCUUACGACGCCAUGUUGUUCUUUGCCCAAGCUAUGACUGUUUUCCGUAGGGAGAAUGGCCGGUACCCGAACGUUGUGCCCAAAUGUGGAGAAGAUGUAAGGAGCGAGCUGGAACCAGUUAUGCAAAAGAUCAGCAUCGAAGGUUUAAGCGGGGAAGUGGCAUUCAACUCACAUGGUGACCGUGUCAACUACACAAUUGAUGUGUACAUGGGCAAAGACAAGCAUAAUAUUUUGAAGGCGGGUGUAUGGACGCAGAAUAUCGCGCAUUAUGAGCGCAAGUACGGGGAGGUUUGGCCAAAGGACAAGGGUCGCCUUAAUAUGUUCCCAUUCAGACAGUCGGAUCAAUCAUACAUCAAAGUACUCUCCAUCGAGGAGCCGCCCUUCUUGAUGUUAAGGGACCAUAACUACGAUCGAGAGAGACGCCAGGUUCAGACAGGCGAUGAGCUGGGUUUGGACCGCUACUAUGGUAUCAUUCCAGAAUUGCUGGAAAACAUCCGCAAAAUCUUCGAAGAGGAGCUGAGAAUGGAGUUCAAGUACAAGAUCGAGCUAGUAGCGGAGGGAUACUACGGAAAAAGAAACCCCAAUACUGGAGAGUGGGAUGGAAUGGUCAAAGAACUACAAGACUCGGAUGCUGACCUUGCAGCCGGUGCAUUCACUGUUACUAGACAGAGAGAAGACGUCAUUGAUUUCACCAAGCACUUCCACACUGGCCCCAUUAAAGUCUUGAUUAAGCACCCCAAUUGGGUCCGUGACUACCCUUUUGCCUUUGUCUUCUCCCUCCACUGGGACGCUUGGCUGGUCAACUUGUUCGCCUUCGGUAUCACCAUUUUGGUCUUUUGGAUGUUGAUGCGCUAUCACCCAAUGGAGUAUCGUAAGCAGCAAGAGGUAGGUCAGGCCACACGAGAGCAAUCCAUCGAGUUCACGCUUCGGAACACGGCCUGGAUGUUGACAGGCAUCAUGUUCCUCCGUGGACACAAACUUUCUCCCGUCUCCCUCGCCGGCCGAAUUCUCCUCUCCGCCUGGUUCUACUUCACUCUUGUCAUGGUUUUCCUGUACAUGCUGAACCUGACCGAAUACGUCACCAUCGACAAGGAUAUUCUCUCGAUCAACAGCCCCACCGAUCUGCUCAACGAGCCGCUGUUGAAGAUUGGGAUGGUGCGAAACGGUCCUACCCAUGAUUAUUACUCCAUGUCAUCUAACUCAGAGGAUCAGCAACUCAUGUCCAUCAUGGGCGUCCUUGACCGACAACCAUUCGUGGAGAGGCUGCGUGAUGGUGCCUUGCGAGUCCGCAACGACAAUGGUCAUUACGCUUUGGUCAGUGAAGAAAUACUGUUGACCUACUACACCCAGAGAGGGCCGUGGUGUGAUCUCUAUGUCGUGGGCGAUCCUGUGAAGAGGCUGAAAUACGCCUUCGCUACCCCGUCUGGCUCGCCUCUCCGUGACCAAAUCACCUACGCCAUCAACAAACUACAGACGUCUGGGGUCGUUCAAGAGUUGCUGGAGAAGAAUUGGUUUGGCUACCAGAAAUGUGAGGAGGAAACUCUCUGGGAAUCGGAGAGUGUUUUGUCCAUCAACGGCAACGACUUGGAGGGUGUCUAUUAUGUCUUGGCCAUGGGUGUGGUUUUGAGCGCUAUAAUCUUCUUUAUCGAUGUCAUAUGUUACUGGCUGUUUGGUAGUUGCUCUUCUGUGGGGACCCAUCCUCCGAGUAACCCUAGAGGGCCGGGGGAAACAAUCACCAUGACUGUCAACCCACGUGAACAGCACACAAGAAACGACUUCGACUACAGUAAACCCGCUGAAGAAAAGUCUCCCAACAUGUGGAUUUAGACAAGCCUUCACAACCAGAGGAUUAUCACUUCAAAACUCCUCAAAACAUCAUUCCUGACAUUAACCCAUCUUAGGCACAGGAAGAACUCAAGAAAAUGAAAUGUUGAGAACAAAACUGUAAAUGGGAGUUAGUUCAAGCUAUGGAACAGAUUUUAUGUUUUGUAUAAUUUGAAACAUGCACUAACUAACCUUGUAGAAAUUAGCACUGUCUUGCGUUAUCUGGUUGAGAGAUAGUUACUUUCAUCACUUUUUUGUUUGUUGCCGAUAUGUAUAUAUUUGGACCUGAUUUGAGGGUGACUUUUUAAUACGCUUAUGGACUUUGUGAUAGUAAAACCUUCCAGUAGAUAUAAUGUAAUACUACGUUUGUAAUUUCCUUUAAACUUUUUGGCCCUAUACAGUGUAUAACGAUCACAGAAAACGACGCAUUGCGGAAGUAAUCUUACUUUUUCAAUUAUAAAAGUGAACUAAUUAUAAAAUUAGAUUUUGUAAGAUACUGUAUCGAACUGCUCCAAUUCAGAGCAGUGGACAUUUGAAUCUUUCACACUCUCUUAAUACUCUGUGCUGCUGCCCUGGUAUCGAAAUGCAGAUGCUGUUUUUAAUCAGUGAUCUGACAUGUCGAAAUUGUUUUGAAUAAUGAAUAUGUUAACGAGCCGUUAGUUUUAGGAAAUGAUCUAGACUAGUCACAGAUUUGAUCUUUAUUGUUACAACGCAUUCCUGUAUAAACUGGAAACGUGUCUCUUAAGUGUUACAAAAACGUUUGCAAAAACUUAAUCUCUUUAAGUUUUUCUUUUCAGAAACUUGAUGUAACGAUGUCGACUGACAUCGUUUUUGGGGAAAGGUAGGGAAUAUCAAUGUACGUGUAUAAGUCACAUGGAAGCAAUUAAACUUUGUAUUUAGAGACAAAACAUUUUCCAGCUUUGGUAUGUAGAGAUUUAAAACUGCAUUAAUGUGAAAUAUUCUUUCGUAUUUUUACUCAGCUUUUUCAAUAGUUUCUCAUCCAUUUUCGACGUGAACAUGUACACAUUUUACAUGUUAGUUAUAAUAAAAGGCAAAUAUGUGUAGAUGAGACAAAUUAUCCAUCGCUUGUUGUCUUAACAAGACUGAACAUCUCAAACUAAAGCACUUUGGAAAAAGUAAACUUUAAGUUGAUAACCUUUUGUUUUACAAUGAGUGGCGAGACGUCACAAUACUGCUUUUGAUGAAUAACACAACAGAGCAAAAUUCCUUCUUGAAAAUAACAAAUUUUGUUUUGGCGCCGAUUCGUGGCAUUUCUUGCGUACUUUUGCUCCUUUCUUCCCAAUUCUGUGCUCCACAGUACAGGGAAUCUAUUACAUGUAUGAUUUCAGCUUUAUGAAAAUGAAUCAUAGCAAACUGUGAGAGUUUUCCAGAGGAGUAAAGCAACAAUGAGAAGACAUACAUUUACAUUAUAAUUAGGAAGAAAACAUUAUAAUAAAAUGAGCCACGAGCAGCCCCCUGGUAUUUUGAUAAUGCAAGAA